UUCAGAAUUGCAGAACGGCAUAUCGAGGAGGUUCCCGUCGAUUUAGUUCCUCUGCCGACAGAAUUUUGGUCAAAAUACUGGCGAUCUCGACUCCCGGAUUCUAGAGACUUGUACGCCAGCUCAGCGCAGGCCAGCAGUCAUCCGUACACAAGCAGCAGUACUGUAUACAGGGUACAGUGCUGGACAGUUCUUCUUCUCCUGGUGAUAUAUUUGUGAUAUGUACAGAGUGCAGUUACCCUGUAAAAACAACUUUGGUGAAUUUGUGCCAUUUUUACAUAUUUGUAACAAGAAUAUUAGCACAAUAAGGCAUGUACACUGUAAGUUUACACGGCGCUGUACACUGUACUGUACAGUGUACAAUAAGUUUCUAAAUACCUUCUGAAUGUUACCCCACUGUCUUUCAUACAGCGCAAGGAAUAUAUUUUGUAACCAGCAUUAUUGUAACAAUAUAUUAAAUAUAUAUUCUUUGCUAAGAGCAUAUAUAAAUCCCUGCAAUACGUUUGUGUUUUGUUAAUAGUGUACUGCAUACUCCUAACUCCAUUAUUGUCAUGAAUGACAUGACAUAAAUAAUUCCUCAAUUUAUAAUUGUAAAUUCACUUUUUUUCUGAUUUAAAAAUCAACUUUAUACUUUGAUACAAAGAGUAUCUCAAACUUUUUUUUAAAUGGAAACAAGAAGUGUUCUGCCCCGAGAAAAUAUAAUUUUUUCAAACUUGAACUUUUACUGAUAUACUUGGUAGUUUGCUCAUACUUAAACUACAUCCAUUGAACGUUCUUGCAAUUUUGGAUACAAAUAUCCUAGUUACAAAUUUCGUUGGUAUCCAGAUUCUAGAUUUUCAAAUCCAUAUCCAGGUCUUUGUGAUAUUUCAAAUACAAUUAAAGAUAUAGAUAUCCAGAUUGUGGAUCCUGGUAUCCAUGUAAGAUGUAAAAUAUCCAGAUCUAUAUUUCUAAUAUUGUUUUCAUGUAGAUUACAUACAAAUUCUAUUACGUUAUCUUCUAAUAAAUUUAUUUUUACAUCGUAA